AGUUCAGUUCGCGUUGAUCCAAGAUGGCGGGCGGCAGGUCUUCUGCGCCCCUCCGUUAACUCGACUCGUGAUUGUGACCUAAACUCUCGCUCCUAGAGACAUAAUAUACGGACACAAUCAUCCUGAUUUCUAGCUUCAGUGGUUACUAUGGCUCACAAUGAAAGGGUUGCAUAAACAUAGAAGGCAUUAUGGAAGACCAGCCGUAUGUUGUAAUUUCCAAUGACUGCGAAGAAUUAACACUUAUGGAAACCGAAAGAGGAAUCUUGGUGGAGCAGGGAACCUUUUCCAUCACCAUCCCUCAGCAGACCCAGCAGCAGGUGGUGUACACUCAGCCACAGCAGACUGUGUACACAACCCCACAGCAAGUCCAGCAAAGAGUGGUGUAUUCCUCACAGCAUCAGCAACAAGUGUAUCAAAUUGGACCACCACAUUCUCAACAGAUUGUAUAUGCUGGAAGUCCUGCCAUCAAACAACAACCUCAGCACACACAGCAGAUUCUCCUGCAGCAGCAACAGAUGGUACCACAGCAACAGGUAGCUCAACAGCAACAGAUUCCCCAACAACAGGUAGUCCAGCACCAGCAGAUUGGUCCACAGGGUACUCAGCAGCAAGUGGUAACCCAGCAGAAGCAGGUGACGCAACAGCAGGUCACUCAACAACAAAUAUCUCAGCAACAACAGAUAAAUCAGCAACAGCAGCAGCAGCAACAGAUAACCUCCCAGCAACAGGUAGUCCAGCAACAACAACUAAUUCAGCAGCAACAUCAACAUCAGCAGCAGCAGCAGCAACAACAACAACAGCAACAACCUCCGCCUCAGCCUCUGCCUCAGCCUCAGCCUCAGCCUCAGCCUCAACCACAGCCUCAGCCACAUUUCAUCACCCCAUCAGGACAAAGAAUAAUAAGCAGAACUCCUCAAGAACUGAGACAACCGCAACAAGUACACCAAAAGCCCUACCAACUCCAGCUGCAGCAGCAGCAGCAACCUCAACAGCAGGUACAACACUUGCCCUUGCAGCAACAGCAGUUUGUUCAGCAGGGAUCACCACAGCUUCAACAACAGCUUGUGCUACAGCCACACCAACUUGUGCAGCAGCCACAGCUUCAGCAGCAACCACAGCAGCUAAUUCAAGGAGGGCAGCAGCCAGCUCAGCAACAGAUCACAUACAUUCAUAGAGUUGGGGAUAAAGGAGUUGCACGUUUACUCCGGGCUCCUGUGAGUGUCGGCAGCAUUCGCACAAGUCCUCAAGCACAGGUGGGAGGACAGGGAGGGGUUGGCAUGGUUCAGCCUGCCACACUGCUGCAUCCAAACACCCCCCAUAUGGUGGGAAGUCAAGCCAUACGCUCACCAAACCCUCAGACUCCAAAAUCAGUAGCCACACCCAGACCCCAGCAACCAAGAUUACAAAGAAAUAAUCCAGUUCAGGUUCAGAGACAAACACCACUUGGAAUUCAGCAGCAGCUUCAACACCAGCAACAACAACAACAACAACAGCAACAACAACAACAACAACAACAGCAUCAACAAGCACAGCAAAAGCAACAACCACAGCAGGAUGAACAACAGCCUUCCUUUCAAGAGCAGUAUCUAAAACAGCUUAAACAUAGAGUAGACACUCAACAGAAAAGUGUCAACCGAAGCAAGGUAAACAAACCCUCCACCGCACAACAACGUAUGUUGAUCUCACAUCAGCUGAGCAACCAGCAGCACCGAAAGCAACAGGUUGUCACUCCUGUAAACCAAGUUGUGUCAGGAACACCAGUUGCAUCCACAGCAAUUCCUGUGAAGCAGCAACAGGAGAAUCAUCAUCAGCACCAGCAGCAAGUAAAGCAGGUGACUCUGCAGGCUGUGACACCUAAAAAGCUCACGUUAACUCAGUAUCGGCAAAGAGCAUCCCAUGAUCUCAAGCAACAGCAACAACAACAGCCAGUGCAGAAGCUAGUCACAUCCCAAGGAACAGUAACAGGAGAGGAAGUCAGAAUACCUUUGUCAACAAAUAAUGCCCAGAAGCAGCAGUACUACUAUGUUCAGCAUUCUGAUGGAAGGAAGGUAUUAGCUGUGUUUCCUAUGGACCAAGGUGCUACUACUACACUUGCAAUAAGUCACCCAAUGUCAUCAUCUACCUCAGCGAGGAGCACCCAUUUUGCUGCUUCUACAUCAGACAACAAUGCAGUCAUAACUGUUAAGCACCAAGACGGCCCUGCACAACCCUCAGUGUCUGGAACCAACAUGCAGACAUCAACACCUCCCACUUUGUCUUCCUCCAAGAGUAUUUCUUCUAAUAAUGUAUCUUCCAUAAAUUCAUCCUCCACCUCUCCACCACUGCAAGAACAUGUAGUUCACUCAUCAGUAUCGUCUGAACUAACAGAAAAAAGUUCUGCUGAUAAACCAAGAUAUAUUGCUGGUCAUGUAUCUCUGUGUACCAACUGUGGUAUAAUGAGUGAGGAUCUAUUUCGAUGCCAAAGGUGUAAUCAUAAACUACCUAUGCAACCCCGCCCUGAGCCUCCCACCACCACAGCAGGUCCCAAGGCCAUCACUUGUGACACUGUGACCAUGACCAGCAAGGGAAUUGCUGUGUCACCUCACAUUCCAAAGCAGGACUUUUAUGGAAAGACAGGUGGAGGGAACAGAAGACCUGAGAAAAAGACGAUGAACCCACCAAAUAAUAAAGCCAAAGGAAAAGGGCGAGGAAAGGGGAAGGCUCCAGAGGAACCUGUCAUCCUAACUCUGUCAUCUGAUGAAGAUGAGGAAAAACCUGGUGGAGGUUCAGGGGGUCCGGGGUCAGGUGGUGCAUCUGGCUCUCCUAGGUCUGGGGGCUACGCCAGCCAUUCAGAACCUGUCAACCAUAAAGAACCCAUCAUUACUGCUGACAUGGAAAACUUUGAGGAUUCUGAAAAUGACGACACUGGUGCUAUAACAGGUGGGGGCAUACCAGACAUACAGAGCCUGAAUGAUGGCACAUUGAAGGGGCAGUACACCUCUCUUCAAUGUCGUAGUCUUCGGAUUGGUUCUUACAAGGUCAUGCCGAAAGAGAGGGUGCUCAUUGUUCCUCAGGGUCUACGCAUUGAAGUUCCUCCCAUUACUGAUGAAUCUGCAGAGUCAAUAGCAUUUGACAUUCCAAUCAAAGGCGUGUUGAAGAUUUUGGUCCACUUUGGAAGGUCUUUGCCAGUAUUCUUCAUUUAUGUCAAACCUUCAGUAGCUGCAACCAUAAGAAGACUGCUCAGUAUGACAGACAAAAAUGGAUACUAUUUUGAUCCUUGUAGCCAUGAUGAAUCACAGAAACGCAUCACCAUCCUACCUGAUAAAUUAUCAGAAGAGAACAAGAACCUUGUCAAGGAAGUGUUUGGUCAUGCAAAUUUGUCCAGCAAUAGUGGUGCCCCCGGGUCUUCUACAUCAACUGAGCACGUUAAUAUAAUGGAGGAACUAGAUCAUAAAGAAGCCAAUGAGAUUCUUCUAAGAGCAUCAGCUAAGGUCCAGCCUCUAAUCAAGAAACCUGCAGUUGCUCCAGCUGCCCCUGAGUCAAAACUAUUGAUAUAUCCCCCCCCACCACAAAAAGGAGGAAUUUCCAUAUCAACUGAAGACUAUUGCUGCCUGGAGGAAGAACAGUUCUUGAAUGAUGUUAUACUCGACUUUUACCUAAAGUGGCUCCUACAAAGCAAGCUUUCAGAAAUACAUCGGCAGCACACUCAUGUGUUUUCAACAUUUUUCUACAAGCGACUAACAUCCAAACCCAAGAAAAGAAGGCUGAACACUCCUGAAGAUGACCCUAAGCUGUCUGCAGCAGAAAAGAGACAUGCCAGAGUCAAGUCUUGGACCAAAAAUGUUGAUAUAUUUUCCAAAGAUUUCAUAAUUAUUCCAAUUAAUGAACAUGCCCAUUGGUUCCUUGCAAUCAUAUGCUUUCCGGGCUUGGAGAGUCCUGUACGGAUAUCAGACGGCCAGCCAAUUCCUGUUAUUCCUUCUGAGAGACCCAAGAGACGGAGAUCAGCUCGGCCCAGGAAUAGGAUUGAAAUUCCCAUUAUUGAUGAUGGUGAAUGGAGUGACAGAGAUGAAGCUGAAGGAGAUGAGGAUGAACUAGAGGAAGAUGAGGAGGAGGAGGAGGAACAGUCUACCAAGAAAAACAAAGAAGAGGAAUCUAAUACUGAAGAGGAAAAUCAAUCUGAGAAACCAGAUUCAACUCCACCACCAUCCAUUAAGCAACCAUGUAUUUUAAUAUUUGACUCAUUGAGUGGGGCCAAUAGAGCUCGGAUUGUUGCUACACUUCGAGACUACCUGACAGUGGAACACAAAGUCAGGAAGGGAAUGGAAAAGCUGUUCAAUAGAGACACCAUGAAGGGGGCUUGUCCACGAGUCCCACAGCAGAUGAACUAUUCAGACUGUGGUGUUUAUACUUUGCAGUUUGCUGAAAGCUUUUUUGAGGAUCCCAUCAAAGACUACACAUUUCCAAUUCGUUCCUUGCGCGAGUGGUUUCCUCAGGAAGUGGUGAGAGGAAAACGGGAAGCCAUCGCUAAAUUGAUUGCCAACUUAAUGGAACAGCACAACCCUAACCACAGCUCAAUAACUUUGCCAGAUAUAUACUUCUCUUCUGAUAAGAAAGAGAAGAGUGGAGCAAAUAUGACUCCCAUUCCUGCUGCCUCUGAGCCGCAGAGUGGUGUUCCGGUAUCCAAUGCUCCUUUAACUAAGAUAGUCAACACCUCUGCACAAAAUGUGAUUGCUGGACAGGACAUGAAAAAGACAGCAAGUAAUGUGAGUAGUGAAAAUGAAAAUAGACCAUCUAAUGAACAAACCACUGCAAAGUUGAUAAGUAUUUCACCAAACAAAAUAAUUGAAGGCAAAUUAAAAGAUGGUGAAAUUAAAGUUUAUCACACCAAAGAUGGAAGCACGAUAGCAAGACCUGUUCUAACUGCUAAGGCGAUACAGAACAAAACUCUAUCAGGAAAGUCUCUUCCUCUAUGCAUUGCCAAAUCAGAUCAGUCAUUCUCUGUAUGCACAAGUCAGUUAAAUGUGAAAAAGUUUCAAAAACCUAAUACUACUUUCAUCGAGAGAAACAUUUCUGUGCAAAAGAUAAACACAAAUCAAAUGGAAGGACAUGCCCAGGCAAACAAAAUGAAAAGACAACUAGUGGUGGAUAAUGAUGAAGCUAGUUUUCCUGUGCGAGUUGACAAAAGAAAAGUUCCUAUGAAAGAAAGUAACAUGUCACAAGCCCAUAGGUCUUUGGUAGCCACUGAGACCAUUGCAAGUGCAGCUAAUCACAGUGGUCUUAGUUUGAUAACAGCUGCAUACAAUGGGGAUUCUAAUGAAGCUGAACAAGUAAAUACUAGAAAUGAAGGAGUGAAUGUGAAUGGAAACAAAUCAGGUCUUCAGCAAGGAACUGCUGAUUUUAGUGGAUUGAAGAAUGCUAUAAAUUCUGAUGUAAAUGGAAUGCAUGCACAAGGUUUACAUGAGAGUCUCUUGAAUGAAAAAGUAAAAAGUCCUGAAAAUAAGGCAGAUUUUCAAAAUGGUGGAAAUGAAACUGUGAAUAAAAGUGUUGAGGGUGAAGUUUUGCAGGUAGUGUCUACUUCACAGUCAGGUCAAUCAACAUUUAAACCAAAGAUAUCUUACUUACAGCCAACCAGUGUUGUUGGAAUGCCCUCUACGAAUUUUAUUACUUCAUCAGCAACAAAUAUAUCUGUUCAACAAAAUACAUCUCAUUCUAAUGUUGUUUUCUCAUCAGCUAACAUUGCAAAAUCUGUUGCACAAACAACUUUUACUACUGGCACUUUGUCAAGAAAGGUUGCCAAUCCAUCAACUAUACCAAGUAGUGCUAGUUCAUUUGAUGUGGAAAAAACCCAAUCCUUAAAUCAAACUGUUGAUGCUACACAGACUGUUGAUGGUAGAAGUCAAAUAAUUUUUGAUGAAGAUACAUCUGAAGUUCUCCUCAUUAUGAAUCCAACCAAACCUACUCAUGCUGAAGCCAACAAGAUAGAUUAUGAAACUCCACCCUCCAAACGACAACAAAAUAAUAUUAUCAAUGAGGAGAAAGAUCACAUGGAUGCAGUAGAAUCCUCAGAAGUAGUGGCAUCCAAGAAUGUAGUAGUUCAGCCUGCAUCCAAACCAGGAACAACUUUGCAACUGGAGAGAAUUGAGCAACCAAGUUCACCAGUUCGUCGAGUUGGGGCAGAUUGCAACCCAUCAGCCAUGACCUUUCCUCCUGGAUCUUCUUCUCCAACACAGGCUGGCUCUGGAACCCCUGCAGUUUUCAGGUUCAGUGAACGAGGCACCUCAUCAGGUAGGACCAUUGCACCCCCUAAGAGGUACCGUAAUGAGGACGAUGAAAUUUUUCCAAAGAAACGUAGAGAUAAACCAAACCCAGGAAAGUCACGGAAUAUUCUGAGAUAGGGGGAUGCUUACGUUGGAGAAAUGUACUAGAAAGAGGGUUAACAUUUUUAUAAUUGCAAUCUUUUACAACAUUCGGUAUCAAGUUGAAGAAAGGAAACACUCGUUAUUGGACUUAAAAGUUAUAAAUGCCAGUGAAUAUUCUGAAGAGAUGUAUUGGAAUUGUGUGAAUUGCUCAUUUAACUUUAAUAUCAGAUAAAACUAUGACACUAUAUGUACACAGUAGUAGCUCAGAGUUGCUAUUUAUCAUAUUUCAGAAACAUGAGCCCAUUUUAUUUAGUUUUGCAGUUUUUCUGAACUAAGAAUUUUCUCAAAAGUUAUAGGAUACUACUUUUAGCUUUGCAUUAUUUUUUAAUUGAUUACAACCAACAUCAAAAUACAUAUUACAGUUAAAAAAUGCAGUGUCAGUGAUGUAUCAAUUUUUUUAUGCAUAGUGGAAUAUUCAUAAAUCUCAUUAGCCUCUUUUCAUUUCAAUUUCAAGUUAUUCUCUAAGUAUCUGUAUGGACCAAGAGAACCAUUGGGAAUAUCUAUAAAUUUUAUAUUGUAAGAUAUUUUGGUACCACUGCUAAAUUUAAUCUAUCUGUCAGUUACAAGAAAUAUGUUAAGACUUAAAAAUCUACUCAAGUACAUGUACAUAGGAAAGAAGUUUAAGGUUUUGUACGAGAAAAAUUGUCAUACUGUCAUAUUGAGGCUGUCACAUGGUACUAUCACUAGAGGACAUUCAUUUAUUAAUCUGCUAUGUUAGCAGUUAUAUUUAUAAACAUAUCUGGUGGAAUUUUGUCUCCAAGUCUAUGUGAAUUGCCUGAUUUGAUGAGUCAUGUCAUAAAGGGUUGUAGAUUUGCAUUAAAAAAUAUGAAACUCAAAAAAGUGUUACUCAGGAAAUUCAGUGACAAACUAUAAAAUACAGCGAUGAGUUUCAAUUAUGUAAAUAUUGAGAUGUACAAACUUUGUUUCUUAUUUAUAAAUGUUUACUUGUGUGUUACUGGAGUUCACUGCUUUGUGUGUGGAAUGAUCAAAGCAAGUUGGUGUAUUAAAAUUGUGGAUGCUGGACAUGCAUGUAAUAUUUUGCUUUUUAAACAUUGGAAGGGUAACUUGUUGAUAGAAUCUCUUGGCAAAUAGGGGUGACAGGGUUGUGUCGUCGUUGUUGCUGUUUACACACUGGGGGGAUAUUGGGCAGACAAGUCCAAAAAGGGUACUACAAAUGUAGUCUAUAUUGCAAAUCUGUGAUGAGAAAUGUGUGUGGCCACUUUGAAACAUGAAAUAGAUGUUUAUGUACAAAAGUUGUUAAUUUAUCCAUUUAAUUUAGUUGUUACCUGUACCAUUACUGAUGUGUUGAAAUAUGAGUUAUACAGUUAAUGUAUUCUUUCCUACACAAGCUGAAGCUACUAUGCAGCUGCAUUUGAAAUGAUAAGGGAAAAGUAAGUUGUAUUGGAUCCUUUUGAAAUUAAAUAUUAUUUUUCUCAUUUCUUUUUAUUUACUUAUUUAUCAUCUUUCUUUUCUUACUAAUAUUCAGUCAUUCCUAAUUACCAGGAAAAUGUUUCAGGUCACUCAGAGUUUCAUAAUAAAUUUUGUAAGAAAACUUGUACCCCAUUAGAGGGGGUUUCUCCAUUUAUUUUGUAAGUAAACUUACUGUAAGAAUGUAAUUAAUUAAUAAUAAAUAAUAUUUUUCUGUA